AAUAAUAACUUCUCAAUUAGUUCCACAAAAUUCGAUCACAAGAUGUCAACAAAAUAUUUCAAUUUGAUGAGACACAUUUCCUUAGCAUGAAUAUAGACCCACGUCUUACUUCUAUGUGACGCAAUGAAACCGUAUUUGGGUUAUCUCAGUGUGAUUUCAAAAUGUCCACCGUGUUUUUGCAUGUUGGUCAGUGUGGAAAUCAGACUGGUCGGUCAUUCUGGAAGACGGUGAUCAAAGACCAAAGUGCCAAUGACAGUCACACCUUCGUGGACCACAAUGGCAUCCAGCGCUCUGUCCACGUCGAUAGUGAACCCAAGGUCAUAUGGAGUCUGACAAGGUCAAUGAAUGUGAGAGAGAAGAAUGUGUGUGCAGGAAAGCGAGGAAGAGGAUCGAACUGGGCCCUUGGAUACCAUGGUGUUCAGUCUACAGGUGACGACCAUCUGACAGAUGAUGCUAUGGAGUGUCUGAGGAAAGAAGUGGAAAGGUGCGACCACUACAUGGGGGUGGUGCUGAUGCACAGUCUGAGUGGGGGCACAGGGUCAGGCCUCGGCUCCCGGCUGUGCGAGCUGAUCCGUGAGGAGUACCCGAUGAACUAUUUGAUGUCCUGCGCCAUUGCUCCAUGUGUCAGUGGAGAGAGUCCACUACAGCACUACAACUCUCUCCUCACUCUCUCCCAUCUACACAGGUACACUGAUGGUGUGGUUCUAAUGCAUAAUGAUGAGAUUUUGCGGAAGCUUCAAAAGAGAAAUGAGAAAAGUGUCUCAUUCAGUGCCAUGAAUCAGAGCAUUGCAAACAGCCUGUGUGGCGUGUUCCUGCCGACAGAGUCGCUUACUCCCAGCAGUGGCUGCAGCACAGGCAUGGAACCCUGGGAUAUGGUGCGGACAUUAUGCCCAAUGCCAUCACUCAAGUUUAUUCACAUUCUACAACACGCAAGAAGCAAGGUGGGCUGGGACAGACUGGCGACUCAGACCCUCCACUCCCUCCAGCGCUACAACACCCACGGGAAACCUUUUAAGAGUGUAGCCAAUCUUGUGGUGGGUCGAGGUGACAGCUCCCAAAGUUUCCUGGCAGCCAUGAAGCGAGGGGUGGAGGACAAGAUCAAGUCCUCCUACAGUUGUGUGGCGUGGAACCCCAUGCCUGUUGAUUACUGGUCAGCGAGAAGAAAUGCGCUCGGACCUCGAGACUCCUCCUCAAUCACUAUCGCUGCCAACUACGGGUCUGUCGUGGAUUACCUUGAGACAGUCCUGGAGAGGUCGAAGGUCAUGUUUGAGGCGGGAGCCUACCUGCACUGGUACGACCGAUAUGGCGUCUCCACGGACACAUUUGAGGCAGCAUUUGAAACUUUGUCAUCAGUGAUAGACGAUUACAAAGAAGCUUUGUCCUGACCAACUUGGGCCACUACUGGAGGCCGUACUGGCAUAAUGGAUGACCUGACAUGUCUUGCUUUAUGAUUUGAAUUACAAUGUGGAGUGGAUGGCACAAUGGGGAGUAGAUGGCACAAUGGGGAGUAGAUGGCACAAUGGGGAGUGGAUGGCACAAUGGGGAGUGGAUGGCACAAUGGGGAGUGGAUGGGGAGUGGAUGGCACAAUGGGGAGUGGAUGGCACAAUGGGGAGUAGAUGGCACAAUGGGGAGUGGAUGGCACAAUGGGGAGUAGAUGGCACAAUGGGGAGUGGAUGGCACAAUGGGGAGUAGAUGGCACAAUGGGGAAUAGAUGGCACAAUGGGGAGUGGAUGGCACAAUGGGGAGUGGAUGGCACAAUGGGGAGUGGAUGGUGCCCAGGAAAGGGGGGGGAGUUCAGCAUUGGUAUCUGGCAGUGUGCCCUUUGACAAACAUUGUGCAGUUCGAGUUAAUCUUGAAACCAGAUUUGCGAAAGUUUUCCUUAGGCGAGACGUGUGUGCUCUCACAUACUUUCAUGUCCAGAAGACUGUGGGUGCCUGUAUCUGUUUCAAUCAUACGGGCAGCUCUACUGACAAAUGAGAAACAAAGCCUGGUUUGAUAGCAGAUGAAAAUACUUUCUUUUGCCUUUCAGGGUGAUAUGAUGGGGCAUCACAGUUGACAAAAGUUACUAAAACUAACAAAAUAAUCCCCCAAACAGACUCCUGCUAGGACUGCUAGUUGAAUUGUUUCUUCAUUUGGCCUUCCUGAGCCCCGCUGUCAUUGUAGUAAAGUGAGUGACUUGGUGAGGUGAAAUGGGAUUUGACGUUGUGGUCAAAAUAAAUUCAUCUUAUACCAACAUGCAA